GCGAAACUGGACAGCAUGACAACGACGAAUGAUCACGUCGUCGUAGACCUCUCCUUUUUGGCCAGCAUGAACCAUCUUUCUUUCGUCAAGCUGCUGGAAGGGAAGUGGGUGAGGAGGAGUCAACAAAAGAAAAGCUUCCCCGUCGGGAACAAUUUGUACACGGAAGAUGACCGGAUGUACAUACUCUUCAAAGGCGACGAUUUGCGCGCUAACACGUCCAUCGUCUACGAGGGGAAACUGUCCGCAGGUGCCGCUGCUGCAGUGCGGCUACCACAGAAGGUUACGCAAACGGAUGUGUCUGACAUCCCGUUCAACCCUUGCGACCGGUCGCAUACCUCGCCUGCACGUCGGGGCAGUGUGUACGGGGACAUGGAACGCAACCCCGCGCAAUUCGUUAGUCUUCUCGAAUCCGUCACCAAGAAGGGGGAGGGUGUCGUCUUCCUCGGGAAGCCACUCGUUUACUCCUCCUUGAUCUCCACGGAAGACGAGGAGACCACCGACAUCGAGUUCGACGCGACCGCGGACGAGGAGGGCAGCGACACAGAAAGCCUCGACCUGCAGUACGACCCACAUCCCGCGCAGCACGCUACAGGGUCGUCCUUGGCAGGCCCGUCAACAAGCCCGGCAUCCCUCGUGUCACCGAUGGCGAAACUGGCGCCUGGUAAUACCCCGAUGAAGUUGCUGCAGAGACUGCAGGCUCUGGCCUCCGGCCAUCGCUCACUGCAUCCCGGGUCUGACAUCCCGCCCGAUCAUCUGUCUUGGAAGGAUGCCAACAUUCACUUCCUGCCUGAGCCUCAAAGUCGUUCCACUGAGGCGGACUGGGGCCAUGACAUGAUUUGGCAUCCAGGAGUCAUCCAGGCGGCGAUCCAAAAGGGUGAGUGGAUCGUGGCCGUCGCUGUCCCGGACGGAGGAUGGGUGCCCCCCCCUCGCGGGUCGAAGUCUGACUUCCUCGACGUCGCUAGAAUUGCGGUCUUCCAGAAAGUGAGGGCCGAGAAUGACUCUUUUGCACCCGAAGACGUGUCCGUCAUUUCCACAGUCGGGCGAUUGUACGCCGAACUUCAGGACAAGUGCUGGUUGGAGCUGACGGAGGACUACUACGACCUCGAUACGAGCCCCUCGAAGGGAAGGGUGGACUGGAAAAUCCCCCCUCCCAGUGGGACGCAUGUAAGUACAGGGUCCCGGGGACCGGACGGUGGGGAGAACGAGGGCGACAAGGCUGGGGAUGGCAAAGGAGUCCCGCCUGGUUCGAAGGGCGGGUCUCACGGCGACACCACGACAGUGGAAGGGGAGGCCUUCGGGCCGAACGUGCCCACUUCAUCCGCCGGCUCGGUGAUGGCGGCCUUGGUUGCUCUCCGUGCCGGCUCGGUCGAAACGUUCAAGUCCGCCGGGAUCCGAACUUCAAUGCCUGCAGAGCGCACAAAGAGGACGGACGUGCAAAGCUGGUCAGGAGCGGGGGUGGCGAGUCGUGAUCCCAAAAUAGACAGCAGUGCGGUGAGGGACGGGAAUGCGCCGCCUGAGGGGGAUCGACAACCGCUUCGGUCGGAGCGAGAGGGUACGUGUGGAGGGCCCGGCGACAGGGAGACGGCGAAGUUCGCCGGGAUCCGAACUUCUUCAGGUAAGGGGGGCCAACCAAAGAUUGUGGUGCCGGCGAGAGGGGCUGCGUGCGGCGGGCGGGAAGGGCAUUCGUCGGAAUUCGACACGGGUUCGGGCGAAGUGGCUGGAUUGCAUGCAAGGGAAGAAGGCAAGGUGAUGGACAAAGAGAAGGAAGGGGAGGAAGAAGAUAAAGGGGAGGAAUUGGAGGAAGGAGACAAAGGGGAGGAAUUGGAGGAAGGAGGGGAUGAAGGGGAGGAAAAAGAGGAGGAAGGGGAGGAAGGAGAGGAAGGGGAAGAAACGGAGUUGGCUGGGUUGCUAGGAGGGAAGGAGGGGGAAAAAGGGGAACUCGAUACUGAAAACGAUGAACGGACGUUCGGCGACGACGAUGACAGAUCUGGGGAGUCGUCUGACGGAUUCAGGCAGCUGUACGGAGAAUAUCGCGAGGAAGACGACGACGACGAUGAGACGGCAAUGGAUAUGGAGACACAGGUGGUCACAAGCCUUUCGGCAGAACGUGAUGACUAUGAGGUCCAAGCAAUGACGUCUGCCGCCGAUCUCCAACACCGGUUCAACGAAGCUCGUGUUGCAGUCAACCUGACUAAACCGACUAUACGUAUUGACGUCGAAGAAGUUAUCGACGGCGUCCUGGGCGACCACCACAUGUCCGCGCAGCCGUCCUCGACGCCUGGUGUCGACGACCCUCUCGACGUCAAACCUUCCGCGGGAUUUGUCAUGGCUUUCUCGCCGACGAACUAUCCGAUGCUGUCGCCGACCAUCGCCAGCGGAGGAGAAGGCGAGAUGGGGAGACACCAAGAUGUCACGUCCCCGAAAAAAACUGCCACCGACAGUCGAGCUCUCGAUGUGAUGGCCUUGCCCGCACCAACUUCACCGAUUAAGGAGCAGAGAGACAAACCAGCUGGUAAGCAGUGACAAACGCCACUCUGUCUGCGCGCCAGUGACCGCAGUGUCUGUCGAUGCGGGGAGUUCCUGAUGCCGGCAUGCU